AUGGAUUUAAUCCAAGGUACCAUCACCCCAUCCCCAACCCUAUUCCUCAUGCUGACUUUUCAAGACUACGCCUUCCAAGCCCACAGUCUCUACCAAACACUCAACCCCUACCUCACCCCCCUCCGACGCACCUUCACCUCAACCCUCUCAACCGUCCAGUCCCACGCAACACCCAUCCUCACCCCCCUCCUCCAACGCACCUUCACAUUCGCACAAGAAUCACCCGCCAUCAUCUCGGCGAUCCUGCUCGUAGGCUUCUUCAUCAUCGCGAUCAAAGUGCUCGACACGUUCCGACGGAUGCUGCUGUGGUGGACGCGGCUGGUGAUGCGCCUGAUGUUCUGGGGCGUGCUGGGGCUGGUCGGCGCGAUGGUGUCGCAGAGGGGGCUGGAGAGGAGUGUGAGGGAUCUUGUGGGGUGGGGUGAGGAGAUUAGUGCGGUGUGGAUGAGGGAGUAUAGAAGGUGGGAGGGGUAUCAGCAGCAGGGGAGUGUGGAGGGGAUGAGAGGGGGGAGGGCGAGGUGGUGA